GUUGAAUUAAUGUCUUGGAUAUGUUUUUUAUAGAUAAAACAAUACUGCUAGUUUCUCAUCAAGAUGUACUUCUGAUAGAUUUGUUCAUCCAAAAACUGUCAUCAUCAUCAAAUUUCCAGGAAACAUGUUUGGAAAGGUGAUCUGUCUAAGGUGGAACAGACAUAAAAGUACAUCAGUGUGUGUGUAGGGGCGAUAAUAAUGGUUAACCACUGGGUCCACUUAGUCUUCUAAUGCAUUAAGAUUUCAGAAACUAUAGGCUAUUAAUUGGUUGGGUGUGGCUUCAUUUCUGUUAAAAUGGUGUGAGUGGGUAUUUGAUGUUGUUGUAUGUACGAGGAGUAAUUCAGUUCCGGUGUGACUGUGAUCAGUGGAGCAUCCAGUGACUGCCUCCCUCUGCACUCUGUGGGUAGUUGUAGUUUACAAGACAAGGGGAGGGUGUGUGUGACGAGUCUGUUCGUAGACAUCCAGACGGAGGAGAAAUCAGUUUUCUACAGCUGCACUACAGAUGAGAGCAGACACGCUGGGUCAUCCCCCUUCGGCCAUGUGAUUUUCAUUACAGCAACUUGGGGAAGAGUUCAACCGUGGACAGCUGACGUGCAACAAGGGCAAAUACAUGAAGAAGCAAAGAAAAGGCGACACUGCUAGCAUCCCCCUCUCUUCUCCAACAGGGAGCAGCAGUGUGCAGGUCUACCAUGACUACCAGAAGGUGGCUUUUAACAUGUAUCCUGGGAAUGGUCACACUAUAGAGAACGGUUCUCACCAGAUCACCGGUCGAGAUCCUAUUGGCAAGCUGUCCUCUGUUCCAGAUGUCAUCCCUCACAGCCAGGACCAGAGGUACAGCAUGAAAGAUAAGAGUGUUCACAGGAACUCCUCGUGGAUGAUGGAUUCGAGCAGCCUGGCCUACUCCGGGCCAGAGGACAACUCCACAGACCCACAUGAGACCCUGACAGAGACUUCCACUUUGACCUUUGUGGAUGCCAACACAUUGGAAGAGUCAACUGAGAACCACAGCCUCCACGGGGUGGGGAUGGUUUACCUCAAGGAGUUUGUGUUGAUUGAUGACGAUGAUGAUGGAGACAUGUCGCUGAGAGAGAAGACAGUGACAGAUUUGUCCAUCAUGGAUGGGAGGGCUGCUGACCUGGUGUGUGGGAGGCUGUUGUCCACCUCCAGUGGCUCAUUGUCCGAGUGUAAGGAGGAAUCUCCAGCUCCCGAGGCGCCGCCACCUGAGGAAGUGGAGAUUGCGCACGGAAAGAAACGUUGCUGUUUCUGCUCUAUUCUAUGACCGAGCAGGACAUGAAAGAUCUGUGGCAGCAGUUUGUGGCCAGAAUCAGGACUGUGAAACUGUCCCGGGAACUCAAACAGUUCUAUGUCCUGAGUUCAUAUAUGUGUUCCUGUUGAAGCAAAAAGCACCAUUUAUAGUGAUGGUGAAAGUAUAGUUUAUACAUUGUUUUCUAACUCAACUUUUCUUUAAUGCAGAUUUUUGGCAUUUCUUUCUGGCGUGGAUUUUAUAGAGCCUAAAACACUCAACCAUUACAGGUGCAAUGUGUAAGACAUGGCCAGAGCCUUAGUUUAAACAGCUUCAAAAGAGUGUAAGGAAAAAUCAGUUUUGAUGCUUUGUCAAAGACUUCUUUGCUCUUUGUUGCAGAGAUAGCUACUGCCAGUAGCAUGCUAACCAGCUAGCCUCAGUCAUCUUGUUUCAUAUUGUCGCUCUGUACCUGAAGAGGCAAUAGUCCAAUAGUUUGGUAGCGGUUGAAUUUGUCAAGAAAGGAAAUGUUCUUGUACCUAUUCUCCUCAUUAGACAGCAAUAAACAACAGUACAAGUGUGCUGUCAGAAUCCAAGUUUCGUUCUUUUACGAAACUAAGACCAGCUUAAUUGUCUUAUUUAUUCAUCGAUCUUCCAACAAUUACCAUCUCUGGUUUGGUCUAACUAAACAUUCUCCCGUCCCAGUAUGCUGUCGUCCCUGCAGUCAGAGCCCCUAAACCACUUCAGCAAUGUAUCCCUGAUGUAGAACUGGCAUCCAGUUGUGUUAGUUCCUGGUGCAGCCAAAGGAACCCAAAAAAGAGGGAAGUCAUUACCUAGCUGAAUAUUGCUUUGAGGCCAGACUGUGGAGCUGGUUGUAUUAAAGUCUUUGAGGGAUGCAAUGAGAAACACUAAAACCCAACAUAUCUACGUUGUAUGACUUAUGAUGAAGAAACAACUCCAGAAAAUGAAGCAACACAACUCAGAGAUCAAGUCAACCAAUGAUUGUUCCAACCAGCGAUCGACAGAGUGGAUAAUAUUGCAAUCAAACAAGGCAGGUUUUUCUGAUUUCCUCUCAUGAGACUGCACUUACACGAACAGGAAAGGAAUUUGAGGAAAGGAAAAACAUGUUGAUUCAAAAAAAAUCAGUUGCUAACCUGCUCUCUGAAGUGUGGUCUUUUAUUUUCUAGAGGUGUUUCUUCCUCAGAAGUUCUCCGAUGUAGAUAUGUUGGCUUAAAGUGUGUUUCUCCUUGUAUCUCCCAUUUUCUUCAAAACAGCUAACACGAAAUUCAGUGACGUAAUGACCCUUUUUAAAGUUUCUUACAUUUUAAGUUCCUUGGUCCAGCCAUGGUCACUGGAUUGGCCAGUGAGGCUGGUUCUGCUUCCUGUGGUACAGGAAGACCUAGUCAGUUAAGAGGGCCAUUAGCUACACUGCUAACUGAGCUAGCUAUCUAAUGCCAGCUAAUAGACACAUCCAUAGAUAGCUGCAACAAAGAGUACAGUGAGCAAUGACUUUAAAAAGGGGGUCAGUUCUUCCACAUUGCACCAGAUGUCAGCCAGUUCUGUGUUUUUGUAAGACUGAAUUAUUACAUAAUCAUGAAACGUAUGUUUGCUGAGAGGUGUUAUGUUCUCUGUUUGAUUAACAUUUAAAUUUGAUUGUGUGGGUUAAGAUUACCAUUUUCGAGUUUAACAAUCAUAUCUCUUAAGUCUAUAAUAACAUUUUAUACUACUAAAUGCAUGUUCCUGCAAUAUUUGAUUUGAAUGACAGACUUUGUGAAAACUUCACAAAAAUUCUCGAAAGAUCAGGUGCUAAUAACAAAUAAAGACAUCUUCAAUGACCACAA